AGCGCACGGCUGACCACGUGCAUACCCUGGCCGGCGCGUGGCCCCAGCACCACGCUGCACACCAGCUUGUGGCGCGGGGGGCUGAUCUCGCGCAGGCGCACACGCACCAGCUCGCACAGCUCCUGAGUCAGAGGCCCGGCCUCUGCGCCCGAGUAGCAAGCAUUGCACAGCCUCGUCUCCAGCGCUGCCUCCAGCGCGCGCUGUAAACGUGAGGCCUCCCAGUGCUCCCCUGGCGCCGGCUCUGUGCGGUAGGAGGGCGCCACCCGACGCAGGGGCACUAAGGGCAACCCGGAGAAGCUAACCCGUGAACCGAGAAGAGGAACUGGGCCCAGUGAUGGUCGACGACCCCCAGGACCCGCGCCUGGUGCGGCCAUCGAGUUGCGGCGUGAGAAGGACAAGGCUGGGCCCAGCACAGAACCACGGCGGGAGGCCGGGCCUGGACCUGCUUGUCGGGCCUCUUCAAUACCAGGGAGGUGGCCUGAAGGCCUCACCGGUGAUAGUUUCAGCCCGGGCUCUUUGGCAGUAUCCUCUUCCUGGCAUCCGGGGGGCACAGUCCUGCCAGCCAUGGACCUGCUGGCUGGAAGACCCACACUUCGAUGGGAUGGCCUAAUUGGCCAUCUUUGCACCCCAUCCAGUCUUUUACUCUGUAAUAAGGGUUUUUACCCUGUAACCCCUUCUUACCUGUGUUUUUGGGACAGGUGAAUCAAAUUGUCCCCAGCUUCAUGGAUUCCUAGGUGCUUAGAGUCUUAAGAGCUGUUAGGGACAUAAGCGAUGCUGCUCAGACUAUCAUCUUGGGGUAGCCCCUGUCCCCCUGAGCUCCACUUUCCCCUGGGCACUAUGGACGUUAACUAAGUGACCUCUAAAUAAACUUCCUUUUCUCUCUUCCACCUGACUUUUCCACCAGAAGGGAGAUGAAUCUACCCUUUGCCUCAGCCUACCUAGACAGUGGUGCCUCAAACCCUUAACCAGAGGAAGACACAGACAGACCCAACUCCUUCAACCCCACAGAUCCUGCUAGCCCUGUGGGUGAUGAACAUCUUCUACCCCUACCUGCUUGCGGGGUGGCUGACACGAAGAUCUCCCUUACAACUGGAUCAGGCUGGAUAGAGGCAGAUGACUCAGGAAGCUCCUUACACCCUUGCCAUUUGGCCUCUGGCCCCCCCUCCAGAAUCAGUUCUGGGAUGAAUGCCCUCUUCUCCCGAAACUCCCACAGGCACCUGAGUCACCUGCAGCCUUUGGCCUCCAAACUCGCUCCUAGCUCCACAGCCCUUCCUCACCCAGCUGGCCUGUCUGGCAGACGAAAGGUAAUGGCCCCUUGUGUUGUGGAGUUGCCCUGGGUUACUGGGCAGGCACUCCUGUUUUUUGGUCUCCUCCUUCCAGUCCAGUCCUGGCUCUGGCUUAACUUGAAAGUGUUACUACACUGAGUGUGUGCUGAGUGUGGGGCGCCUGAGUCAUGAGGGAAGAGGAGAUAACAGGGGCCUAGAACCCCUGUACUGAGGGGGCAGAUGUAGAGAGGGGCUCUGGUCAGAAAGGUGUUUCCCUACCCCAAGGCUCUUGAGCCGCUGUUCAUUUCUCCCCUUCUGAACGCUGGCUCUGAAGCUGUGAGCAAAUUGCAGAGGCCUGUUUUAUGGGGAGAUCUUGAGCCUGUAGGGGUAGCUCUUCAGGAAUCAGGAUCUUCUCCCACAGGAAGAAGAACGUCAUGGCUCUAUCCUCUCCCCAUUAGCCUCAACAAGGACAAACAUUUCCGCUCCCUGUACAGAGCUGGGGUGGGGUUUGGAUGACUUCCUCAGCUCAGGGCUGUGUGCAGGGGGAGGGGAGGCCCAUCCGCCCUGCUGGUGGGAGCCGAUCUGACGCAACAGUGGUGCAACAGUGGUGACUAGACUUGGCAGUAAACCAGAGUCCAGCCUCCUGACCCCUUUUGACCCAAGGGCCCUGGAGCUUGUCCCCAGCUGGCCACACCUCUGGUGUGCCCUGGUGCCUAGAGUGCCAACCCCCUAACUGGUUGCAUUUUAGGGAUGCCAGAGGCCAUGACGCUUCUGCUUCUGUCAGAGCUGACACCUCCUCACCUGACCUUCUCCUGGGAGGAACAGGACUGCCCACCCCCCACCCCUCCAGACAAGCCAGUCUGGGCCCUGAAAACUCCAUGAGGGUGAGGAAUUUCCCUGUUGAGGGGGGUUUCCCAGGCCUGGCUGACCUGAUCCUGACCGUGUGUGCAUGUGAGGAAAGGAGUAGGAGGGGCAGGGAGUUGGACCUCUGAAUCUAAGACAGGCAGUGGCCUGGGUGCUAAGACCCUCUACUAAGCUUCUGGCCCCUCUCAGGGCUGAAGUUUUCCCUGGGCCUGUGGAAGAUGGGCGGGGCCUCCCAAGCUGGGCUCUAGUUUCCGUGGAAACCCACAGGUUUCCCACCCACUGCUGCCUGGCAGGCUCCCAGCUGGGGCCUCAUCUGCUGCCAGCCUCUCCUCCCCAGUCCAGUCUGCUCCGCCCUCAGCCUCUCUUGGCCCCUUCUCUGACUCCCCAUCCCUAAGCCCAGCCUCUGGCCUGUUCCACUAGCCUCUGAUGCCUUCUUAAGGAACCUGGGCCUCUCCUGCCCCAUCCCUAAACUUUAGCUUCUCAGCAAACAGGCUUCCCACGCUCCUGCCCCUCCCUUUCAGGCCUUUCUAGCCUCCUUACCAGCUCCCAGGCCUAGGCAGGCCUACUGCUCCUUCCCACCAGCCACCUCCCACAGACCAACAGACAACAGGCCUCCUAGGCUAUUCUGUCCUCUUACUCCCCUGCCCGCCCCACCAUGGAGACCCCAGGACUGGUUGUGCACGGGAAGGCUGCGCCCUUUUCCACGGCACUCCGAAGUCUUCUCAACAAUCCCCAGUACAGUGAUGUUUGCUUUGUGGUCGGUCAAGAACGGCAGGAGGUGUUUGCCCACCGGUGCUUGUUGGCCUGUAGAUGCAACUUCUUCCAGCGACUUCUGGGUCCGAAGCUGGGCCCUGAGAUGCCUAGCCCCGUAGUGCUCAGCACCGUGCCAGCGGAGGCCUUCCUGGCAGUGCUGGAGUUCCUGUACACCAACAGUGUCAGGCUGCACCGCCACUCUGUGCUGGAGGUGCUGACCACGGCUGUGGAAUAUGGGCUGGAGGAACUGCGAGAGCUGUGCCUGGAGUUUGUGGUGAAGGUGCUGGAUGUGGAGCUGGUUUGUGAGGCCUUGCAGGUUGCGGUAACCUUUGGCCUGGGACCGCUGCAGGAGCGUUGCAUAGCUUUCAUAGAGGCCCACAGCCAGGAGGCACUCCGGACCCGCGGCUUCCUGGAGCUGUCGGCGCCAGCGUUACUGUCCCUGCUGCGUAGCGACAAGCUCCGCGUGGACGAGGCUGAGCUCGUCCUGGCGGCCCGGAGCUGGGCGCGCGUGGGCGCGGCCGUGCUGGAGCGGCCGGUGGCCGAGGUGGCGGCCCCGGUGGUGCGGGAGCUGAGACUGGCUUUGCUGGCCCCGGCGGAGCUGAGCGCCCUGGAAGAGCAGAACCAGCGGGAGCCGCUCAUCCCGGUGGAGCAGAUCGUGGAGGCGUGGAAGUGCCACGCUCUGCGGAGAGGGGAUGCGGCCCAGGGCGCCCCGUGCCGCCGCCGGAGGGGAACCCUGCCCCGGGAGCAUCACUGCUUUCUGGACCUGCCCUUUAAGUGACCAAAAGCCGCGACUUGCAAGUAAUUCUGGGUCUGUCCCAAGCUACAGCUCCCGACGUGCCUGGCGCUCAGAGCGGACUUCCGCCCCCAGCAUGCCCUGCGAGCCGGGCGCUGGAAGGGCCACUGUCUCCCUGCUCUGCGCCCUGUGGGUGGGGCUAUGGGGAGUGGGGUGGGGGAGUGGGAGUGGGCUUAGGCGGGAGCCCAAAAGCGAUUUUCUUGACGCCUUACCCUGACUCUAUCGUGGCCCCUCGGGCCCGCCGCGUUUACUUUUAUAAUCAAUCCCUACGUUUUUUUCCAGCUCAGCUCCUUCUUUAAUUCCAGACCUACCUCCUAGAGAGCGCUAAGUGCCCCACAGACACCUCAGACUCAAUCCAACAUUGAGCUACCUCCUCAUCUUUCCCCUGUUCUGGUUCCUUCGUGUUUCUCAUCUCUGUGUCUAAGCCAGAAACCCGCAUCUCAGGCAUGCCUUGUUUUUCUUCCUCACAUCUGUCUCCCGUGGCUUCUGCCUUCUAAGGCACUGAAGGGUAGCAAAAUGUGCCAACCGAAAAUACGGAAAGAUUCUUUGAGCUAAAGAUUAUUUUAAGCUGAUUAUUCUGAGAAACAGUAGAAGCUCUGGAAACAGAGUAGAAUUUACCCUUUUGUAAGGGAAAUUUAUAUUUAAAGAGGAAAUCUCCAUCUGCGAGGGUGUCUCCUCAGGAAAAGGAUGUUCAACUCAUAGGAGGAUUUUAGUGGAGAAGGCGCCCACUGAAACCUGGUUAACAAGCCUUACCUUAUGUACUGUGCCUUUUUUCCUAGUAGCCUCUAAUAACUGUCCUCUCUACACUUUUCUUUCAUCCUUAGCUGAAUAUGGUCUUUCAGCAGGUAUUUUAGACCAUCUCAGGGAGUUACUCAUUUUCCCCUGGGUAUCUCCCAUGUACACAUGAGGUAUACAUGUUAAUAAACUUGUUUUUCUCUUGUUAA